CUGCUGCUGUUGUGUUACAAUCCACGCGCAGCAGCCCCACACAAUGGCGGUUAACGAGCACAGACCGACGGUAGCGGACAUCAAGUUUCAGGUGAAGGAAGGGAGCUCCCUGUCUUCGGCAACGUUCAUAUUCGGAGACGAAGACCACACGCUCGGAAACGCCUUGCGUCACGUGCUGAUGCAGAACAAAGAGGUGGACUUUUGCGGGUACAGCGUUCCCCACCCGUCAGAGCCCAAGAUGAACCUCAGGCUUCAAACUACAGGUCGACCAGCGCUGGAACUAUUGAAGGAGGGGUUGCGAGAUCUUAGGGAUCUGUGUAAUAUUCUGGAGGAGCGCGUGGAGCGAGAGAUACCUGAUGCGGAGGACGAGGAAUCAUGAACAUCCUCACGAUCCGAUGUCGAAACUGUUUUGGACCCCCCAGCAUUCGUUUUGUUGCUGUCGUGAGCGAGCAGGGGGGGAGUCGAAACUGUGGAUGGAAACGAGAAUGUCACUCUGUCUCCGUCAGUCUCUCUCUCUCUCGCACCACACAUGGAAGUCGGGCAUGUACUGAUCUUUUGGGGGUGUGACCGCGUGUUUUCGUCGGGGCAAGUUGUUUGUUUUGCCUGUAUUUAUCGAUGCGUGUCAGACAUUUGUAUAUGUUCGUACAUAAUGUCGAUCUUGUUAAGUUUUCUAGUGUUUUCUACCCCUGUGAGAUGUUAACGUGCUUUGCUCUUGUUAAUGUCCCUGGCUUACGUGG